GUCCUGCUUACACACACACACACAAACAAACAAACUGCACGUGCCUGCCUGUUUGUCCGUCUGUUUGCCGACGCCAGAGGAACAGAAGAGGAUCCAGCAUCCAAACAGCUGAAGCUCUCACCUGAAAUUUCGGACCAUGGAUGCAACAGAGUUUCGUCGCAGAGGAAAGGAGAUGGUGGACUAUGUGGCCGACUACCUGGAGAACAUAGAAAAGCGGCCGGUCUACCCAGACUUGGAACCAGGGUAUCUUCGUUCCUUGAUCCCCAGUGAGGCUCCACUGGAGCCGGAGACUUAUGAGGAUAUUAUGAGAGAUGUGGAGAGGGUCAUUAUGCCGGGGGUGACCCACUGGCACAGCCCCUACUUCUUCGCCUACUUCCCAGCUGCUUCCUCUUUCCCCGCCAUGUUGGCCGACAUGCUGUGUGGAGCCAUUGGCUGCAUUGGAUUCUCCUGGGCUUCCAGUCCGGCCUGCACAGAGCUGGAGACAGUGAUGUUAGAUUGGCUCGGCAAGAUGCUGCAGCUGCCUGAAUGUUUCUUUGCCGGAACUCACGGAAUCGGAGGAGGCGUCAUCCAAAGCACAGCCAGUGAGGCAACCCUGAUGGCGCUGCUCGCCGCUCGUUGUAAAGCAAUCCGAAGGGUUCAGGCGUCAGAGCCUGAAAAAACAGAGGCGGAAAUCUUCUCCAAACUGGUGGCGUACACCUCGGAGCAGGCUCACUCCUCGGUGGAGCGUGCGGCUCUGAUUGGAGGAGUGAUGAUGAGGAACGUUCCUACAGACGACAGCUACGCCGUCAAAGGGGAUAUGCUGAAGAAGAUGGUGGAGGAGGACAAAGCAGCUGGACUCAUCCCUUUCUAUUUUUGUGCGACUCUCGGCACCACUCCAUCUUGUGCUUUUGAUCACAUCACGGAGCUGGGCCCCAUAUGUAAUAAGGAAAAUCUGUGGAUGCACAUCGAUGCAGCUUAUGCUGGGAGUGCAUUUAUCUGCCCCGAGUUUAGGCCUUUGUUGAACGGCAUUGAGUUUGCAGACUCGUUCAACUUCAACCCACACAAAUGGCUUUUAGUCAACUUUGACUGCUCUACGAUGUGGGUGAAGAAGAGAGCAGACAUUAUUGGAGCCUUCAAGGUGGACCCGCUGUACCUGAAACAUGAAAACCAGGAGUCAGGCCUGGUCACAGAUUAUAGGCACUGGCAGAUUCCGCUGGGAAGAAGAUUUCGCUCGCUUAAGUUGUGGUUUGUCUUCCGUAUGUACGGACUCAAAGGUCUUCAGGCUCACAUACGCAAGCAAGUGGACCUGGCCAAAGAGUUUGAGAGUUUGGUACGAGCCGACAAGAGGUUUGAGAUCUGUGCUGAGGUCAUCAUGGGACUGGUCUGCUUCAGGCUUAAGGGCUCCAAUGAGCUGACCCAGAACCUGCUGAAAAAGAUCUCAAAGAGCAGAGAGAUCCACCUGGUGCCUUGUCAGCUCUCUGGACGCUUUGUCCUGCGCUUCGCCAUCUGUGCACGAACCACCGAGUCCUGUCACGUCCAACAAGCAUGGCGGCACAUCACGCAACUGACCUUUGAGCUCCUGCAGGAGGAGCCGAGCCAUUGACCAGAAGGCAGGGGAAGGGCUGUAUAAUCUGAGACCCGAUUGCAGGACCAAAGUUAGGAUGAAAAUUCUGAGUUUCAGGUUGUGGAUGUAAAAUGUCACAAAGGGAAUCGAAACAGCUCACUUAACAGUCACAUGUGUUUGUGUCAGCAACCAAGCAGUGAUUAUUACCAUACUGAUUUUUCUUUUUUGAUUUUUGCAAACUUCUGACACAUCUGCGAAGAAACCCAACUGUACAGAAAGAAUAUGACAUGUUCUAUCUGCAACUCAGCUUUAAUCUGUCACUGUUUAUGUCAUUGUCCUCAUUGUAAUGCACUCCCCCCCGCCCCUCUCCUUGCUGUCUAUGCCGCUUCUGUGUCUUCUGUGUAUAAAGUUUGGUAUGUGGGGUGAAGUCCAGGUUUUGUUGGGUAAAAUCGAGGUGAAGGUUUCGAGUUUUGCAAUGAAUGUUUUGCACAUUGUGUGUGUGUGUGACUGGAGUUCAUGUGUGUCUGCUUUUUCUGUGGCUGUUUGUGAAGAAAUGUCUUCUUUUGUAAAGUGGUAUAGUUCAAGUGAAAUGAAUGGGUUGUGAAAGAUAAAUUUAUCACAUUAAUAUACAUACAAAUAUUAUAUAUACGUGAUCAAUGUUUAGGGGGCUUCAUAGAAAGUUAAAAACGUCCAGCCUUGCUCAGCGUUAGCAGGUUACACCCCUCAUAUAAGUGCUUUUAUUUAUGGCCUCUUUAGCAAAAGCAGUUAUGUUUAAUAUAUAAUGGCAGGCAAGGGCCUAUGCUUUUUAUUGUAUUUUAUUUUUUUACAUAAUUGUUAUUGAUUCAUGUUGUGUCUUAUGCACAGUGAGCAAGAAUUUCCCACAACUGUAGCACAAGACAAUCACUAUUCCACUGUAAGUCUGUGGAAUCAGACCCAGAUUGUUACUUUUGGGCCACAUGGGACCACUAUUUAUUGAGUGAGUUUAUUCACAAUCAUUAGAAUUAUGCUGGGAAUUAAUUUGUGACGGACCCUUAUGAUAAUCGCACUGUCCUAUAUUGUGUCUGCAUUGAAACAUGUUAAUGAUCAAAUGAGUAGAGUUAAAAAAAAUGAAAACUUGUGUAAAUGGUGCAGUUGUUAAAUGUGAUGUAACGCCACUCUGUCUAAUGCUGAUUUGGUGGAGGUCAUUCCAGUCAAAUAUUGUGCGACAUCACCACACCUUGUCGUAAAUUCAUACGAUUUUGUCCAAUUCAGCUGCUGUUCUGUAUCAAGAUGCUUUUUUGGGCUUGACUGUGCUGCAUGCAAUGGAGGGGAUUUGUUUUAAUAAAGUCUGCUGUGGUCUGCA